CCCAGAGUGCUCUGUAGGCACCGUGAAUAGCCUAAGUCUGUCUGUGGUGGUCAUUUGUUUAACUUGCCAGUGCGUUUGUCUAGACUCUAAGUCCCUUGAGGGGCAGGCCCAGGGCUUACUUAUACCUACAUCCAGAACAGACUGAGGUCGAUUUACCCUGCCACGGGGAGGGGGGACAACCGGGUCCAGUGAGGUCGAUCAGUCUGCACAAGGUCGGGUCUGCUGACCCCACUAAUCAGCUUGAGCCUCCUAAUCCAUCGCCCGCAGGAGCCUCAGGAAGGACCGCAGGGGCUUGGGAGAGCUGGCAGGGGCCAUCUUGGCCUUCUCCUGCGGACGCGGUCUGGAGGGGAUGGGGCAGCUGAGCCAUGUGCACUACCCUCUUCCUGCUCAGCACCUUGGCCAUGCUCUGGCGCCGCCGAUUCGCCAACAGGGUCCAACCAGAGCCCAGUGGAGUAGAUGGGGCAGUUACGGGCAGCAGCUUGGAAACAGACCUCCAGUCCUCAGGCAGAGAGAAAGAACCGCUGAAGUAAGCCCUCGCCUCUUCAGGAGGAGCUCAGCGCCAGGGCCUGGGAUCAGCUGGCAGCUCACGUCCUGGUGUGCCCCCCACCCCCGAAGGACACCGUGGUGGAAGGAGCUGCAGGAGGGAGACUAGGGAAAGCAGCCGUUGAGAAGAGUCACCCUGCCACUGGCUGCUCUGCUGAAAUGAUCAAUAGGAAAUGCCGUUCGGAUCUGUGACAUGUCUGCCUACAGCUGG